AUGUCAUCCAGAACAACUCGCUCCUCUGCGAGACCUGCUACAGACUGUCCUCCCGACGCCGACGCCGACUCCAGAUCAGCUUCAACACCCGCCGCUGGCUCGGCUUCUUCCCGAAAACGCAAAGUUUCCAAUCGCCGAGACCGGCAUACCGACGCUCCAAACUUACCACCGACCCCUUCGUCACCUCGUCGUUCGAAACGACAGAAAACUGCCAGUGCACACACUGCCACAUCUGCUGCUUCCACUGCCCCCGCACCCCGUCGGUCUGCCGCAACACGCGGUCGUGCUGCCAUGUCACAGCCGGGACAAUCGUCUCGACCCACGGAGGAUUCGAAGUCAGGGGGAUCACCACCCUCGUCACGGCGAAAGUCGAACAGGAACGAUCGGCUCGCUGCAACCCAAUCACCUCCCCCAAGAAGAUCUAAGAAGCGCUCCACUCGGUCAGACCACGACACAAUUAUGCGAGAUGCGGAGGAGGAACUUGACGAGGAAGACGCCCAUGUCGAGACUGAAGAAACACCAACAGGUGAAAGUCAUGACGACACAAAUCAUUCAGCCCUUGAUGAAGAGGACUUGGAUCCUUUCUCCUCUAAUCUCUUUGGAGGUCGCGGACCAAUGGGCCUGCAGAGCACUCUUCGCGCACUGAGUGGUAUUAUGUCUGGCAUGUCUGGCCGCCUUCGUGAUAUUCUCUGUAAUCUGAGAGCUAAGGAUGACCCGUCCGUACAAUUGAUCGCUCUGCAAGAGCUUUCAGACCUGUUGCUCGUCUCGAACGAGGAUAACCUCUCUGGGCAGUUUUCUCCCGAUCCAUACGUCAAAGAAUUGGUCACCUUAAUGCAACCCGAUCAGUACGGCCAGGAAAACCCUGAAAUCAUGCUUUUAGCCUGUCGGUGCCUCGCGAAUUUGAUGGAGGCUUUGCGUGGCUCCGUCGCCAAUGUGGUCUAUGGCGGUGCUGUUCCAAUUCUGUGCCAGAAACUCCUGGAUAUCCAAUUCAUCGAUCUGGCUGAACAGGCUCUCAGUACUCUAGCGAAGAUAUCUGUCGACUUUCCCGCCUCGAUCGUGCGAGAGGGAGGUCUCACAGCCUGCUUGACUUAUCUUGACUUCUUUCCAACGAGCACUCAAAGAACAGCUGUUACGACGGCGGCAAACUGCUGCCGUAGUCUCUCUCACGACUCCUUCCCAGUCGUUCGUGAUGUGAUGGGGAUUCUGCUCAAUGUGCUUUCCAGCAAUGACCCAAAGGUCGUGGAACAGGGUUGUCUCUGUGUCUCCCGUAUUGUCGAGAGCUUCAAGUACCGGCCGGCCAACUUGGAGGAGUUGAUCGGUCCCGAGAUGCUGAAAGCUGUCCUUCGUCUCUUACUUCCCGGUACCACCAACUUGAUUGGACCCCACAUUCACACUCAAUUUCUUCGCGUCUUAGCAAUCGUAGCGAAGGCCAGCCCACAAUUGUCGAUCGAAUUAUUGAAGAUGGACGUUGUGGAUACGCUUUAUCAAAUUUUGACUGGAAUUUCGCCCCCGCAGGAUGUGGAUAGUGCGGGUGUCAAGAUGGACAGUGUGUUGGUGAUGCAGGCGUUGAUCCAUCGUCCACGAGAACAGGUCUUUGAGACCCUGAAUGUCAUCUGCGAAUUGCUGCCUGGUGUUCCCGAACGGGAAAUUUUCAAAACCGACGGCUUACUGAGGUCCUACUUUGACAACAGCCUAUCUGUCAUAGGCUUCAAGUCGUCAUUUUCGACAGAAGCCACCGAAGAGCGGCGAACUUUGCUGGAGAGUCGCAAAUCCGAGCUUAAACGAUUCGCUAUCAUUCUAUUCCCGACUUUGACCGACGCCUAUUCCAGUACUGUGAACUUGCAUGUCCGCCAAAAGGUCCUGAUUGCACACUUGAAAAUGCUCCAUAUUUUGGAGCCCCUUCUGAUUGAAGAUGCACUGCGUACGGUUCCGUACUCGUCUUUCUUGGCGUCUAUACUUUCUCAAAAAGACCAUCCCUCACUCGUCUCGCUUGCUUUACGAUGUGCCGAACUUCUGGUUCAGCGUUUGGAACAUGUCUAUCAGCACCAAUUCCACAGAGAGGGAGUCAUCUCCGAGAUCAUGAAAAUUGCGGAAACACCUUUGUCGAUCGCCCCUGGAAACGCCAGUUCUAUUCAUGAACAACCAGCUUCCAUGGGCCACGGCGAAGUCGAAGGCGCCUCUUCUGGAGGUGCUCAAGAAGUCAGGAAAACCGAUCUGGUUGGUGAUGAGGACGGUGAUGACUUCGAUGAGGACGAUGAUGAUGAUGACGAAGACCAGGAAGAUGGCUCGGACUCCGACAGCUCUUCCGUCAGCGGCCGUCGCUCAGUCGCCAAGGCGGAGACAGUGCUUGCAGACCUCGUUAUUCGAGAUGCCCAGGCAUUCCUUCGACAAUAUGAGGGUGGUCAGGGUGCGACUCUGCGGGCGGAGGCUGAGAAGAUUCUCGACGAAAUGCGGACGCUCGCAAUCGAGGUCCAAGGCUCAUACAAGUCGGGCAGCAACGAAGUUGCCAGUCUUUCCUUGUUUCAAAAGCUUGCCGCCUAUUUCGACGGGGAUGCAUUGCAAAGCAUCACGAGCUCAGAGCUGCUCAACUCGGGUAUCAUAGAUGUUCUUCUCGAUGUGCUUGCUGAUUUAAAAUCGCCUGUUUCCAUCCGGCGUGCUAGGGCAGACUUCCUGCAGGCUUUCAUGGGAACGACGAUCUCCGAGAGAGCUCAAAGCCAGACGACUGCGACUACUGCUUUCAGCAUACUGAUAAGAAAGCUACAAGACUUGCUUAGUAGGACUGAGCAUUUCGAGGUGAUUACUGUUAGUCACAACUCGCUGGAAAAUACUCGCAGCAAUGCAGCAUACAUGCUGUCAAAGCAGCUUCGUCUUAAACUGCUUGCUGAAGAGGGCUCAGAGGUUCCUCACGCCUACAAAAAUCUCAUGGUCUCUAUCCACGCCAUUGCCACAUUCAAGUCCCUAGAUGACUUCCUUCACCCGCGUAUUGCCAUGUCGGAUCGUCCUCGCCCAUCGCGGACCCGUGAUGCAAUUCUGUCUCAGCUUGCUCAAGCAGCCAGUGCCCGGAAUCACCUUGCUUCCUCAAAUGUGCAGGGGGCCCCUAGCGGGAGCCUUCCAACUCGGCCUGCACCCACAAGCGGACAAUCAGAUGACGCCAGAGCUGACCAUCAGGAGCAAACCUUCGAUCCUACUCAGGGACAACGACAGUGCGCCGAUGAGCACCAGCUCAGCGAUGAUGAGGACGAGGAAGAGGGCGUCGAUCAAAAUGCUCUUGUGGACGAUCUUGAAGAGGAAUUGGAAGAUGACCUCGGUCAAGACCCGUCAGCUGUCAACUUAGAGGUCGGGUCGUCAGGCAAGGUGACAGCCAGGAACGAAGACGGUACUCGAGUCGGAACCCCAAGUCAACCCACUUCGACUGCCAAAUCCACCUCUACAGGCCCUGGCGCAGGGUCAUCUCUCACUCCCGGCCAUGGAUCUAUUGCUACUGCAGGUCGUCCAUUCUCCUCGUACGCUGCGGCCAUGGCUUCGGUUCCUCAAGACUGGCACAUUGAGUUUUUCGUUGACGGGAAACCAGUCUCCAGCGACACGACUGUUUAUCGCGCCGUGCAUCACAAUCGCGAGCAUAACAAUGAGAAAACUAAGAAUGUAUGGUCUGCGAUUCAUACGGUCACUUACCGCCGUGUGCCGGGUCCGCCUCCGCCAGAGCCUUCAACACUGUCGCCCAGCGGUCAAGGCAAAUCUUCGGAGGACGAUGAUCUAGAAAUGCCAAUGUCCCUCAAGAGAGACGAUAUAACCGCUUCAAUCCUGCGCUUACUCCGCGUGCUCCACGAGAUGAAUGCAACGAUAGAUGACAUCUUGGUGGAUACACGAAAUCUUGUCACUAUCAGCCCCGAGCCAUUGUCACAGUUCAUCAAUACGAAGCUCACAGCCAAGGUGAAUAGGCAGCUCGAGGAACCUUUGAUUGUGGCGAGUAGCUGUCUUCCCAGCUGGAGCGAGGACCUGGGCCGUCUGUUCUCGUUCCUGUUCCCGUUCGAAACACGACACCUCUUCUUGCAGUCUACGGCCUUUGGUUAUUCUCGCGCGAUGAUGAGAUGGCACAAUUCUCAAAGCGCCGACGACAGUCGUCGCGAUUCGCGCCGCGACGAUCGACCAUUCCUUGGCCGGCUUCAGCGCCAGAAAGUGCGAAUUUCGCGUUCUCGUAUUUUGGACUCUGCUAUGAAAGUCAUGGAGCUCUACGGGUCUUCGCCAAGUGUGCUCGAGGUGGAAUAUUUCGAAGAAGUCGGGACCGGUCUAGGCCCCACGCUUGAGUUCUACUCCACCGUUUCGAAGGAGUUCUCCCGAAAGAAGCUCAAGAUCUGGCGGGAGACUGACACCAGCGCAACGGCUGAUUACGCUUUCGGAAAACGUGGUCUGUUUCCCGCGCCAAUGAGUGAAGAGCAGGCCUCUCAGGAAAGUGGCAAAAAACAGCUGGGCGUUUUCAAAGUCCUGGGAAAGUUUGUCGCGCGCUCCAUGCUUGACUCGCGAAUUAUCGAUAUCUCCUUCAAUCCGGCAUUUUUCAGAAUUGCGGACACCCUCUCCUCUGUGGCACCUUCACUGGGUACGGUGAAAUGUGUCGACGAGGAUCUCGCCAAGUCCCUUUUGAUGCUAAAACAAUUCGUUUCGGCUAAGGAGACAAUCUACAAUGACAAGACCAUGUCCACGGCCCAAAAAGCACAGGCCGUCAGCGACAUCCAGAUCGAUGGAGUACGAGUCGAGGACCUGAGUUUGGACUUCACCUUGCCCGGAUACCCCAACAUUGAACUUAUCCCAAAUGGGUCCAAUGUCCCACUCACCAUUGAGAACGUUGAUCAAUAUGUGGAGAAUGUCAUCGAUAUGACACUUGGUCGCGGUGUUCGUCAUCAAGUAGACGCUUUCCGGGCGGGUUUCUCUCAAGUCUUCCCGUUCUCGGCUUUGAGUGCAUUCACACCAAAUGAGCUUGUCAUGCUCUUCGGACAAGCAGAGGAGGAUUGGUCCAUUGAGACACUGAUGGACUCAAUCAAGGCCGAUCACGGUUUCAACAUGGAUAGUAAGAGUGUACGCAAUCUGCUGCAGACCAUGUGCGACUUGAAUUCGCAAGAGCGCCGCGAUUUCCUUCAAUUUGUGACAGGAAGUCCCAAACUCCCUAUUGGCGGCUUCAAAAGUCUCACUCCGAUUUUCACCGUCGUCUGCCGACCAAGCGAACCUCCGUACACGCCUGAUGAUUACCUCCCCAGUGUUAUGACUUGUGUGAACUAUCUCAAGUUGCCCGACUAUAGCACUCUUGAAGUUCUUAAGCGGCGAUUGUCCGUUGCCAUUAAGGAGGGUCAAGGCGCAUUCCACCUUUCCUAA